AAAAAAAAAAAGAAAAGAAAAGAAAAAGAAAGUUUAUUAAUUUAUAUGAAUUAACAUCAAUACUUCUUUUCCUUUUAUAAAAAGAUUUAAACUUUUAUUUUAUUCUAAUUUAUACUUUUUUUUUAUUUCAAAUUACUUUGCAUUGUGCGGUUUAUAAACUAUAUUUUUAAAAUAGAUAAAUAAGCAUACAGAUACACAUUUAAUAAAAAGCUUCUUUUAUAUACAAUACAACUGCAUUUCAACAACAACAAAUAAAAAGAAGAAAUAAAAUGACACAUGAUAACGAUAAUAAAGUAAAUAAAUCAAAAGGAAGAAGUUCAUAUCAAGACCCUAAUAAAACAGAUAAAGCAGGAAGAACAAAAAUAUUUCCUGCUGCGAGUUCAGGAAAUUUAGAUAAAGUAAAAGAAUUAAUUGAACGUGGUGCAGAUGUGAAUCAUAGAGAUAAUGCUGGUUGGACUCCAAUUCAUGUAGCUGCACUUAAGGGUCAAUAUGAAAUAACAAAAUAUUUAAUUCAAUCUGGUGCUAAAGUAAAUGUACGUGGCUUUGAAGAUGAUACUCCUUUACAUGAUGCUUGUUCAUAUGAACACACGGAUUGCGUUCAAUUAUUAGUUGAUGCAGGCGCUGAUGUUUACGCAUUAAAUACGGACAAGAAAAGACCUAUUGAUCUUUGUGAAGAUCAAGCUUGUAUCGAUAUUUUAAAGAAACGUAUGAACCAAUUGGAUUGUCUUGCUGCAAGAGAUACAGAGGGGAAAACAUCUCUACAUCGUGCUUGUGUUCAAGGUUCAAUUCAUGAUGUAUCAUCAUUAUUAAACGGUGGUAUAGAUACAAACGCAAUUGAUAAUCUAAAUAGAACUGCUUUACACUAUGCUACUCAAUACAAUUAUCUGGAUAUUGUUCAACUUUUAAUACAACGUGGAGCAGAUAUUAAUAGUAGUGACGAUAAAGGACUUACUGUACUUCAUAUAGCAUGUCAAAAUGGGCAUGACGAUAUCGUACAAUAUUUAAUAAGUAAUGGAGCUGAUGUUCAUGCUGUAAAUAAGAAUGGUCAAAGUUCUUAUGAUGUUACAAAUUCUGUCAGUAUUCGACAAAUGAUUACAGCGUAUAUUGAUAAAGAACGUCGACUAAGGGCGACAACAGAAGCUAUUGACGAAAUAACAUUUGUGUCAAAUACAAAAAAACGUAGAACAAUUAAUCUCUCAGAUAAUUCAAGUACAAAUUCAAUACAAGAUCACUCUUGUCUUUCACGUGAAGAAAGAAAGAUUCAAGCCAUUAUGAAAACCUUUGAAAAAGCAGAAAAAAGAAAUCGAGCAAGAAGACAAAGAAAAGAAGAAAAUAAGAACGCAAAAGCAUCUGUAAAUAGCACAAAGAAACGUAAAUUAUCAACAUCAAGGGAAUGUUCUGUUGAAGUAGAUCAAGAUCAAAAGAAAAAUGGAAAUAUAGAUUUUACUAAAUUAGACCCGCAUAAAAAGGAUACAAGUGGCCGAACACAUCUUCAUCGAUGGUCUAUUCGAGGAAAUGUGCAAGCUGUUGAAUCUUUAUUAAAAGCAGGAGCUAAUCCAUGUGAAAAAGAUAAUGCAGGCUACACACCAUUACAUGAAGCUGCUCUUCGUGGAAAGACAGGAGUAGUAAAACUUUUAUUAGAAAACAAGGCUGAUGUAAACUGUAAAGGCGCAGAAUUAGAUACUCCUCUUCAUGAUGCAACUGAAAAUGGUUUUCCUGAAAUAGUUCGCUUACUUUUAAAAUAUGGUGCUGAUAGCUCUGUAAAGAAUAUAAAAGGAUUAACACCUCUCCAAAUUGCAAUUGAAGAAGAAAAUACAGAAAUUGAAGCAAUUUUGAAACAACAUAAAGUAGAUGUACAAUCAAAGAAGCCAAAAUUAGUAUUAGCUAAUCCGAGAUUUACAUUUAAUUCAAAUGAAGCUUUACAAUCACCUACAUCACCUUUCAGAGAAUUUGAUAUGAGUAGCGCCAAGGCGCAUGCAAGACAAUUAUCUGGACAGCAUUUACCAAAGAAGAGUUUCAUACCCUAUCUUGUUAAAACAGAAAUACCUCCAGAUGGACCACAUACACCUAUACCUACACCACCACCAGAAAGAUGGCAACAAAAGAUAAUCAAAAGAGAAGAAGAUGAUAUCAGAUUAUAUAAUAAUCAAACUGAGGUGUUAUACCCUUCUAUUCAUUGUGCAUCACGAUAUCUUCCUCUUUAUACUACUCAACUAUUAAAUGAUCACCCAAACAGCAGUCAUUUCUUUGUUGUUGAUUUACAAAUUAGUUUAUUACUAGGCAUUACAACACAUCAACUAAUAAAACGAUAUCCUCAUUUACAGAGACGACCGAUAUUAAGUAAGGAAAAAGAAAGACUAUGGUCACCCUUAUCUUCUAUGAUUUGUUCUCAGUAUGAUCAAAAACAUGAUUCAUCUUGGUCUGAAUUCAAAGAAAAUGAAAAACAAAGAUUUUUGAAUACAGAUAUUUAUUUUGUUCGUCUUGAUCAAGUUGUAUCUAUGAUUAAAGAUGAUUACAGUCAUUUAAGUGAAAGUUUGAUCACUAUCACCCUAGAUAUUGGAUACACGUCACCACUUUCAACUAUUCGUAACAGCGCUAAGGAUUUGGAUAAUGAAAAAAAGAAGCAGCAAACUGUCAAAUUACCACCCAAAUUCGCCAUGAAGAUGCGAAAAUGUGGAUUACUUUGAAAAAAAUAUAUAAAUAAAUAUAUCCCCUCUCUCUUUUUUUUUUUUCUUUUUUUU